UACAGUUUAUUUUGCAGAUUUUUACAAAGAUAUGAAGUCCUUAGUGUCCUCAGAUGACCUCAAGUGACCUCAAUGACCAUUUGUAUCGUCGAGCGCGUAUUCUCAUUUCCUUUCUGGUAAUACCUGACGCUCAUUUGAAUAAACGCGAAAAUGCCGCCGUAUUACCGCUAAAAUUUGCAUGCUGCCGAAAUUGCUUCAUAUCUAAUACAUUUCUUAUUGCGAAAACGGCGAAAACGAUAAACUGUCGCAAACUACUUGUCCAAAGCCGGCCUUGAAAUCACAUUCCAUUUGUGCAGAAGUAUUUAGUUAGUUAUAAUUAUUGAAUAAUACGUGUCCGGAUUCCCGAUGGACACUAAGCACCAUGAAAUAGAGCUUAUUCGUCAGGACAUCAUCAAAAAUCAUCUUCAAGUUACAGCUUUGAUACAAGAUAUUCAACAAUGUACUGGCCCUUUGGAAUUGCUCAAUGAAUUAAAUGCAGAAGGCAGAGGAAAAAUAGCAGCUUUAAAAUUAUCCAUUGAUAAACUAGCAUCAGUAGCAGAAAGAGAACCAUCAGAGAAAAUGAAAGCAGAAUUAUUAACAGAAAUAGAUACUUAUGAACAGCAACUUCAUACUUCUUUAGCUGCAUUUAGAAAAGCAAAUGUUGUUAGUGUAUGUGUAAUAGAUAAGCUUGCAAAAGAGGAAUUAUUAUCUAUGCCUGAAGAACAACAAGCUGCUAUGCGUAGAAGGCACGACAAGAGAAGCCUAGCAAAUACAUCAAGUCAACUUUCUGAUAAACUUUUAAGUAUAUCCAGGCAUUUAGCUGAAACAACUCAAAGAAGUGCAGACACAUUGGAUACGUUAGCGACUUCUUCCGAUAAAGUUACCGGUACUAAAGAUGAAAUGGAGCAUCAACAGCAAGUUAUAGUGCAAUCUGGUAAGCUUUUAGGUAAAUAUGGUAGAAGAGAAGUUACUGAUAAAGCCUUAGUAGCUUUGGCAUUUGUAUUUUUCCUUGCCUGUGUAUUUUAUGUUUUACAAAAGAGACUGUUUUAAAAGUACAAAAUUCUGUACAUAAAAAUGCAAAGAUUAUAUCUCUUAUAAUGGAACGGAUGGUAUCCGAUGUAUAUUUAAAUUGUUAAUAAUU